UGCAGGGCCUUCUAGUAAGCACCUCUUCUUCUUUUUCCUUUUGUCUUCUGCUGCUUCCCCACCCCCACCCCCCGCCCCCAAAUGCCUUACAGUGUGCAGGGAGGUACUCCUCGGCUCAAAUGUCACCCACGGACACCUCCCAGGAUGUCCAAGAGGCUCAGCUCCCAGUUACGGCGAAAAUUCCCAGAAAAGGUCUACUGUGAGAAACACGUGGAAGUAGUACGGCUGUUCUGUGUGGAUGACCAAGUCCUGCUGUGUGGCCAGUGCGUCCGCUCUCAGGAGCACGAGAAUCACUUGGUGUGUGGCGUACCAGAGGCUGCUGACAUUUACAGGAACUUAUUCCAGGAGAUAUUGAACACAUUGAAGGAGAAACUUGAAGUAGCUAAAAGCAUAUUGGCUGAUGAGCGAGAAAGAAUGGUGAUGAUUCAGGGAGAAGAGCAGGAUUUUAAAGAGAUGAUUGAGUCUGAAUAUAGAAUAAGGUUCCGGUUGAUGGUUGAAGAGGAGAUGAACUCCCGGUACCUGCAAGAGUGCGUAUCCAGCCCAAACUUGAGAGAAGAGCGUCUGAAUCAGCUGAAGGCAUUUGCCACAGAACUGAAGGGGCAGUCCCAGGAAACACUACAGAGGCUGAACGAUUUGGGGAAAGAGAACAUGAAUAAGCUGAAGGAGAGCGAAAUCCGGCUUUUGGAACAGAUCUGCAGCCUCCAAAAGAUGACUGCAGAGCUAGAAAACAAGUGUGGGAAAUACACCCUAAUGGUGCUCCAGAAUGCAAGAUCUUCUUUGAAAAGGAGUGAGUCCCUACUGCUGCAGUGUCUGGAGUGUGCCCAAAUCACGGACCUGAGUUUAUGCCAAGUAACAGGAAUGAGCCGAAUGCUCAGAGUUCUGCAAAGAGCUGUCACUUUGGAUCCUAAAACAGCUCAUCCUUGUCUGGUCUUAUCUGAGGAACUGAGAAGCGUACAUCUCAGAAAUGCCCAGCGGGACGUGCCUGGCACCCCAGGGCGAUUUGUCUUCGGUGCCACCGUAUUGGGUGUGGAGAGCUUCGCCUCAGGGAGGCACUACUGGGAGGUGGAGGUGGAAAAGGCAACCAAGUGGCAGUUGGGGGUGUCCGAAGUCUCUGCCAGCAGACACGGUGCUCUAGCCACCAAUUCGGGAAAUAAAGUCUUGCUCAUGGGUUCUUUGAUGGGAACCAGUUAUACCUUCUGGGCUUUUCCCCCUCUCAAGAGGGUCUCCUUGAGAGGAGAGCAGAUGCACAAAGUUGGAGUCUUUCUAGACCGUGAGUAUGGGCAGAUAUCCUUCUAUGAUGUGACAAACAGAUCCCUCAUUUAUAAUUUCUCUUCUCUCACCUUCCGAGGAGCUCUCAGGCCCAUAUUUUCUCUUUGUAUCCCAAGUGGAGUCACAAAUUCAGACUCACUUAGCCUUUGCCUUCCUCCUGUUUCUUCUUGUGAUGUUACUGUUAGCCCACAGUCUUCCUCGGCGUGAUAUCUAAGAGGGACCAGAAGUAAAGAGUUUGAGUUUAUAAACGGAUCUAUUUAAAGUAAUCCAAUAAAAGAUUUCUAACACUUGA